AUGAACAACCAUACGUGGAAUCGCUUUAGCUGCCUUCUCAACGCUCCGGUAGACUCGAGUCUUGAUGCUAUCAGACAUUGGCAAUAUGUCCAUGCCGAGAGAAGGAGGGUAGAUGAGUUGUUAUCCGCCACUCUGGACGAUUCAGAUCAAUUCGAUGGCCUUGAUACUUUAACCGACGACCAAGAGGCUCGUAUUGAAGAGUUGUAUCGUCACCUCGAGGACGUCUACAAAACUUACAAACAAGGCGAUCACUCCAAAUUCGCCAGUCCAGACAUACCUCAACUGCCGACAUGGGUCCAUCCUCCUGUACCGUCUCACAUCAAGACCGCUUUUAAAGAAUGGCGUCAGCAAUGCUGGAGUAUGUCUGAGAAGUUCGAACUUAUCAAACAGUUACCACGACCUCCGUUCAUUGCCUGCUUGAGAGUCGGCUGUGACAAUACUCUUGGGCCUCUCAAAACUUGCGUGCACACUCUGGAGAGACUUUAUCGCAGUGCUGAGCUCUGUCAUAAAGAAUUGAUCAAGGAACGCAAUUUCUGGCAUCCGGAUCGUUGGAGCAGGGUACCUCAGCCUUACAGACAAGAAGUAGAGCGUAUGGCCAUACUGCUCUUCCAAGUGCUUCAGCCACUCUGCGACGAAGUUGGUUGA